GGGAGACAGAGAGGAAGGAGAGUGAAGCUGGGAUAGAGACACCAGCAGGUGCUGAGGAUAGAAACAAACAGGGUGUUAAAAAAGCUAGGUAAUCAGGCAAAAGUGAAUUAAAAGAUAAAAGUGAAGAACAGAAAAUAGGCAGACAGAAACUACAAUACCAUCUUAGUUUUUCCUAAGCUAGAGCCCACUUAUUUUCAGCCACCCUCUCUGAGCUCUUUACCCUCCUUUUCUCGUACGGAUUCUCCCUCCUCCUUUUCGUCCUGUCCUCAUCUUUGACAGACAGAGCCACCAUGGACACCGGGAGCCCCAGGAAGAUUCAGUUCACCGUUCCCCUACUGGACACCCACCUGGACCCAGAGGCAUCAGAACAGAUCAGAAGACGCAGACCCACACCUGCCACUUUAGUGGCAUCCAGUGAUCAAUCAUCACCUGAAAUAGAUGAAGAUCGUCUCCCAAACCAGUUGUACAAGGCAGCCUUGAUGAACUCCCCUCGACAACGGCGAAAAGGGCAAAAGGGAACCCCUACAAUGAAAGAGCUGCAGUUUAUGGUAGAGCACCACCUGUACAGGCAGCAGCAGGGAGCCGGGGACGAGUGCUCCUCAGAGAGCUGCCUGUCGGACCGGCCCAGCCCCGACGCCUUUCCCACCGGGGAAGAGCUCCCGCAUGACGAUGAGGCCACUGCAGAGGCCUUUGAGAAACUGCGCUGUCAAAUGGAGGAGUUCUCAAGGGAGAGUCUAUUAGAAGCUGCUGGUGGACUCGAGUGCCCUCUCUCUAAGGAGGGUUGUUCCAGCGUUGCCAACGUAGCAGAUCCGUCAUCGCAACAAAACAACGCACAAGCAGACACAAAAGCAGCAGCAUCCAGUGCGAGCCAGCCUGCAGAGGAGAAGACAAAGAAAUGCAGCCUGGAGAAAGAGAAAUAGAGCACAAAGCUGCUCGAUCUGCUCAGCCAGCCGACACAAUGACAGGAGAUUGUGUCUGCAGAUACACUUUCUAGAUACAUCAGGACAUCUAUGUUCCUCUACAGUCAGGCCUUAGUUACCACCCCGAGAACAACAACAACAACAAAGGUUUCUACAUUUAUUUUGUGUCAAAAAAAAAUACUGUGUGAAUUAUUUCAUUAUAAUAUAUUUGUUUUUUAUUGCUUCCCCUGCACUAAACUAAAACUGGCGUAUUGCAUCUAAUUUAUGGGAAAGAGAGUCUUUUCCUGUUUCAGUCACACAAUCAUUAUCAUAAAUUACCACCACUCACAUGCAUAAUGUCCCCUUUAAUGUUCAAAGGCGACACAUAUUCUAUUUGCAGUCCUUUUAGACAGUUGUUAUCAUUAAUCAUCAUGUGCCAUGACUCUUGCAAUUGUUGUUACAUCUCAAAGCAAUAAAAAUGUAUUUGUACCUCAUAAAUAACUGGGACCGAAAUCAUAACGUUUAAAUUCAAAUGCAAUCUUUUAGUGACUUAGAUGCUAAAUCUUAAGUAAGUGGGUAGUACAUCUGGGUUUAUUGACACUUUAAAAUCAAAAAUAUAUAUUCACAUUUGUUUACACGACUGGGUUGGACAGCUAUAAAUACAUUCUUAAAGAACUGAAAUAAAAUUGCAUGUUAUUUUUCUGCUACAGCAUGUAGAGCUGCAACACUCAGUCAUUUCAUCGAUUGACAGAAAAUGUACGGGCAACUAUUUUCAUAAUUCAUUAAUCGUUUUCAUUCGUCUUUUUAAAGAAUAAAUGCCACAAUUCUCUGGUUCCAGCUUCUCCAGUGUGCUGGUGUCCUUAAUCUUCUACAAUUAUAAAUUAAAUAUUUUGGAGUUUUGGACUGUUGGUCCAACAAAAAAAGACAUUUACAGACGUCAUUUUGAACUCUGGGGAACACAUUUUCCACUAUUUUCUGACAUUUUAUAGACAAAAGGGUUCAUUGAUUAAUCGAGGGAAUAAUUAAAGAUUCAAUCAUGAACACAAUCGCUAGUUGUAGCCCUAACAGCAUUACAUAUCUGCUCUGUAAAUUACUUGUUGUCCUCUUUUCAACGUUGAAAAAAACAGAAGAUAAGAUAUUUUGGGGACCUUGUUGGAAACAGCCAAUCAAAUCGCUUUAUUUGAAACCAUAUUUGCAUAAAGCAGUAACCUGGCCAAACAGCAUCCUGAAACACAACACAAGAGCCACAAACUUUGAACAACAACCCACAUUAGCUUUUCUGCAAAGCUCUCCUCCACAUCUAACGCACUAACAUGAACGCACGUCCUCUCCUGCACCAGCUUGUUGAACGAGCGACCAAACUAACACUCACCGGGGAAAUGUGCGCAACCACUGUCAGUGUGCAGGCUCGAUAGCUAAAUAGCUGCUCAGCUAUGCAACAUGUAAACUUACCUGCAAAAGUCCGGUUGAUGUGUUGUGGUCCUUGUGUGUUUCUCUUCAAUACCACUGCUAACAACUACUGCUAAAAACACGCUUUGUGCAUGACAUGUAGGCUACAAUGUAAAUGUAUUUACGUUGUCUCUCCGGAAGUCACCUGCUAGCUGCUGUCAAUCAAACACAGGCACACCCCAGCUAUUGAGAGGAAAAGUAUUAGGCUACUGCUAAUAUCCCAAUUAACAACAUUAGCAUUAUUAGCAUUAUUAGUUGUUAACAUUAACAACAACAGACACUAAUAACCAGACUUUUACCAUCUUAACUGUGUGGUUGAAAAUCUCUAGAAGAAGAAGAAGAAGCAUGGGACAUUAGGGAAGGUUGUGUCUGCAGAUGCAUUUACAUAAUAUUUGACCCAAUCCUUGUCGUAAAACACUUUCCUGCAUGGCACUGAAUGUGCAGUGACUUUUCUUUACUGUGCUUCAUUUUGUAAGGGAACUAAUUCCAAAAACGCAUCAAGCAUUUAAAAUACCGGACGACAUUUAAUUUAUUCUAGUUUUGUAUGAAACAAGAACAUUAUGAAGUCUUUAUCACACUCUUACAUGUUAUUUCAUCUGUUAUUUAUGUCACUGAAGUGGCAUUAUUAUGUAGAUUAUGUGACAAUCCUUCCAUAACCUUCAUACUAAUACUUGACAUGCCUGAAAGAAUUAAAAAAUACUGAAAAAGUCAAUUAAACCCACCCGAGUAUUGAUCACAAGGAACAAGAAAGACAGUAAAAACAUUCCUGUGCAAGCUUUUGUUUUUUCCUCUGCAGUGUAUUUAUGGACCAUGUAAUGUUUGUUAAAUGGUAAUAGUGUAAUAGGUAAUUGUUCCAAUUUUACUUGAAUUGAUUGAUGAUUACGUCUGUAAUCUAAAUUUGUUUGAUACAAUAAAACGUUUAAAUUGGU